ACUUUUUAUAAUUUUGUUUAUAUGAAUCUUAUAUCUAUUUGUUAUUAAUAAAUAAUCUUAGCACUCAAUUUUUUUUCUUGUUCAAAAUUUACAUCAAAGAUUUGGGAUAAAUUGACACCAUUUUAGUUAAUGAAAAUUGUCCUUACGUACAAAAGUUAACAAAGUUUUUAUAUUUUAAUUUUAAAAAAAGUCUUUUAUUUUGUAUGCAGUUUAUUAUUUUUUUGUUAAUUUAAUUUAGUUUUUGAAUAUUUCCACUAUUUAAUAGAUAAAGUUAAAGCCGUUAUUCAGUACACUUGUCCAAAAACUUGUCUUUUUCUUAGAUGGAGAUCCAUAACAAGAGUUUGACUUUUCUUUGUAGGGUUUGUGGAUUUUUGGUUGGUAAAAAAAGUUACCCUAUUGGAACAAACCAAAAAAAUAAAAUUGAAAAGGUUUUCCAUGUUAUGCUAUCAGAUGAGCAAGAAAAUGUUCAUCCAAACAAAAUUUGCCAUAAAUGUUAUAAUACUAUUAACAAUGUUAUCAAAAGAAUGACAUCAACAACACUUCAUUUAAGUAUGAACUGGAAACCUCAUUGUGAUGAAUGCUUUUGCUGUCAACAGGUAGAAAAACUCUGUAAAGAUCUAAAUGUUGCAUAAUUACUUAAACAAAAUAAUAAGCUUAUUGGUCGCCCUGGUAUUGGUGAAAAACUCUGGUCAUUUUCGAUGAUUGCUAACAUUAAAAAAAGUAUUGUGACAACACAUGACUCAGAAAUAGUUAUUGAAGAAUUAAAAAAUGAAUUUAAUCCUCAUUUACAACUUUGUCAGUGUAAUUUAUGUGGUAAAAUACCAAAACAACCAGUAACUCUAAAAAAAUGCAAACACUUAUUUUGUUUUUUCUGAAUAGUGGAAAAUAUAAAAGUAAAAAAACUCAAUGAAACAUCAUGUCCAAAAUGUAAAGAACUCAUUUUACCUGAAGAUUUAGUGACAAGUGUUAAAACAAAUUCUCUUUUAAAUAUGUUAACUGUUGAGUGUAUAUGUAAAAAAAAAUACAAUGUAAUAAAAGAAUAUGAUUUAUAUACUAAUUAUAAGAGUGUCUGCAUUGAUAAAUCAAUAGUACAAGCAGCCCCAUUGUUAUCACCAUCAAUAUCUUCAUUUGCUUCUAACUUGGCUUCAUCAUCAUCUUUUACAGUAUCAACAUCAUCAUCAACAUCUUAUUUAUUUAACAAUAACAUUUCUGAGAUUUUCAAUCUCACAGUGGAUAAUGAUAUUCCAAGAAUAGUUGAAGAUGCUGCACUGCAUGUUCUUAAGCAAAAGAUGGCUAAAGAUAGUGGACAAGUAGUUGAGUUUAAAAGUGGAGGAUCUAGACCAGUUUUGUUUUCGCUUACUCCAAAAGCAUAUGUUAGCAGUAACCAAGCAUCAAAUACAACUAUAAGAGUCAGAAAUGCUUCUACCAAAAGACACAUGAAAGUUAUUUCUGGUACAUCCAAUGAUGCAGUCUGUUGCCAAAUAUCGAAGCUGAUAAAUUCAUUUCAAGCAGAGACAAAGAGGUGGCUGAGGAGCUUUUAUAUAAAUACAGCAUCACAUUCUUCACAAAGAAUAGUUGCUGAAAAGUUAUCUGGUGAUGACCUAGUUGUAGAAAAUGCACCAUUUCCCUUUGAAAAGGAAGAAAAAGGAACAUUCGAAAUAAAAUAUGUAUCUUGGGGCUAUAUUGAAAAUUUACCAAUGCAUAUUUUAAGACAUCUUGAUCAAUUAGAAAGUUGUAAAAGACUUCAUCACUAUGAAUUUAUUCAUGAGAAAGAGAUACAAAUUAAAAUAGGAGGUGAUUAUGGUGGAGGGAGUUUUAAAAUGACAUACCAGGUUGCAAAUACCUUAAACCCAAAUAGCAAAGACAACACCAUAGUUUUUAGCAUUUUCGAGGCAAAAGAUUACAGUGUCAAUGUCAAAGUAGCCAUGUCAAGGUUUGAAAAGCAAAUAGAAGAUCUUCAAAAAAUGAAGUAUAAGGAGGCAUUGUUGUCUUUUCUGUUAUGCGACAGCAAGUGACAUGAAAUUUGGUGAGCAUAAAAGUUCUGAAAUAAAAGAUCGUACCUUAGAAGAUCUGUUUUUGGACCAUGAAAGAUUUAUAGAAAACGGAGGUUUAAAGAAAAAUGCAAAAAAUUUCAAUAAUGUCAUCACAGAGCCAAUUUUGAAAGUACCACUAGAUCAAGUAUCUUUACCUAGUCUCCAUAUGGCUCUUGGUAUUUAUUUGAAUUUUUUUAAUUUUUUUGAAGAAGUCCAUCAAUUGGACAUUUUGAUUGCUGCAGAAGCAGUCAAAAGCAACAUCUAUUUUUUGGAAGAAUAUCCAGUUUUCGUAUCAAAACAAAAACAACUGUUAAAUCUUCAAACUGAAAUUCCUAACCUCGAUAAUCAAAUUCAAUUAAUUAAUGAUUUUAUUUUGUUAGCUGCUGUUAACAGUUCAGAUAAUUUAGAAAAUAUUCAAUCUCUAUACUUUACAGAAAUUGAGUUAUUUAAUUGUGAAAAAGCAAAAAAGGUUAAACAAUUUAUUAGUUUAAUUAAUUUGAUAUUAUGUUUUAUUGAUUUCAUAAUUUUUGUUUCAUAUUAUUUUUAUAUUAUUAUGUGUAGUGAAACUUAUUUAAAAUAGAGUUUGUGUUUGUAAUUGAUUUGGUAUGCAUUAAACAGUUUUGCAAGCAUUUGGUAUGGUGCAAUUUAAUUAUAGAAAACAGCUUAAUAUAAGCAUUAUUAAUAAUAGCAAUUUUGUAAACUGUUUAUAUGUGUGCACAUUUUGUCUUUGUUGUUAUGGAAUGAAUAAUUUAUUCAUUCCAUAACAACAAAGACAUAACAUUCAUAAUAAGUUAUAAUUUUUGCUGCUAUGCAAGUAUUGUUGGUUUAUGUUAUUCUAUUUGAAGUUUUUUUUCAGACAAAUAUAUAUAAUACUCUGUUUGGGAAACAUUCCUUUGAAUUGGGUCAAAGACAAUGCACAAAGAUGAUCGAGACGGUAGCUUAAAGUACAACGUCAAGCUUACCACGGAAAAAGUUUUAUAGGAAACCAUGUGCAUAAAAUGCUAAAAAAAUCUUCAAUACUUCAGCUAUGCAACUGCAUCCCGAAGCUUGUCCACGAGGAAGGAUAUUCAGGAACAAACGUGCAUCAGUUUGCAGUUGAAAUUAGCAAUAAAUAUAAACAACUAUUUGAUAAAUUUGCCCAGUGCUAUAAAAUAUUUUCUUCAAAAAAUACAAUUACACAAGACGAUUUAAUUCUUUUAA